AUGACAGCAACAACAACAUUUGGAAACAAAUAUCAGAGUGAGACGUUGUUCGUGGUUGGAAAAUACGCAGUCUUCCAGUGGCCAAACAAGACGCUCCUGUGUCAACGGACCCGCAGUCGACAGAUUCCAAAUAUGAGAAGUGUAUCACAGUUAGCCGACCAAAAGAAGACGAAUCAGGGUCGCGCACUCAGGCAAUUCCUUUAG